GCUGCGGUCCGCGCCGGGCGCCCAUCGGCCGCGGGGGCUUCGGCGGGCGGGGCCGCAGGGAGCGGUGCGCGUCGGCUCCGGGCGCCUGGUAGCGUCUUGGUCCGCGGAGCGCCCGGAGGAGCGGUGGAUUCUUUACUGCUGAGCCACCAGCUUCCUAAGGGCUAGGCCUCGUCACAAAGAGGACUCAGAGGAGCCUGACCAAGGAGAGAGUCUUUGUCAACAUCAACAACUACUGCAAAUUAUAGCAAGGAAAAACAAAUGGAAGCCCUGCCUGAUGUGGCUGUUUUGGCGACUCGACUUAAAAACACUCUUAUCCAGUACCACAACCUUGAAGAUGAAAAGUGGCGAGUUGCUAAGAAGACGAAAGAUGUAACAAUUUGGAGGAAACCUUCAGAAGAAUUUAAUGGAUAUCUUUUCAAAGCCCAAGGUGUGAUAGACGAUGUUGUCAACAGUCUAAUAGACCACAUACGCCCAGGCCCCUGUCGCUUGGAUUGGGACAGCUUAAUGACCUCUUUGGAUAUUUUGGAGCACUUUGAAGAGAAUUGCUGUGUGAUGCGUUACACAACUGCGGGUCAGCUUUGGAAUAUAAUCUCCCCAAGAGAGUUUGUUGACUUCUCCUAUACUGUGGGCUAUAAAGAAGGGCUUUUAUCCUGUGGGAUAAGUCUUGACUGGAGUGAAAAGAGAUCUGAAUUUGUUCGUGGCUAUAACCAUCCCUGUGGUUGGUUUUGUGUUCCUCUUAAAGAGAGUCCAAGCCGGAGUCUUUUGACAGGCUGUAUUCAGACGGAUCUGCGUGGAAUGAUUCCCCAGUCUGCAGUAGAUACAGCUAUGGCAAGCACUUUAAUCAACCUCUGUGGUGAUUUACAAAGAGCCCUAAAAAAGGCAUAAUAUGUUUUAACUUAGAGUAGUAGUAUAUUCCCUGAAUCAACUCCAUCUCUUAGUUGCAUGGCUCAUAAAAAAAUCAUCCUUCCCUCUCUUCUGCAUAGCCUGUAGAAAAUUUUGAGAUGUGUUUGGUUUAUUUUAUUCAGCAAGUAAAUAGCUGGCUAGAGUGAGCAUCUCAGUUCUCCUGAGCAGUUAUUUGCACAUUGUUUGGAAUGGUAGUGUGUCUAGGGAUGGAGAGGAUGACAGGAAUUCACCAAGAAGUAGAUACAGGUCUUUGACAUAAACCCUCAAGGAAUUGAAUAGUGCCUCAGUAGGAAUAUUCUGGCUGCUUAGAAAUUAGAGAAAGCCAAGCUUCUUGCUGGUAGGCUAAAAUCACCUGUUUUAGAGCUUUAUAAACAUUCUAUAAAAGUUUUAACUUUGGGGGAAGUUAAAUAUUAAUGUUUUACUCUAUGUAUGCUCUAUGAGUUUAACAAUAUCUUGGACUAAAGAAAAAUUACUUUUCUCUAUACUUCCUAAAGAUGAACUUCACUAUUGAACUACUUUAAAUAUUGAAAAUAUCAGAAAUAAGAAUAGGUAUCCUAAUACAAUGCAAUUCAGUUUUGAUACCUAGAUAACAGUAUUUUGUAGAUAUCUUUAAAAAUAUAUUUGUAUCUUUAGGUGCUUUUAUUUUGGGAGUCUUAAAAGCCUUUAUGCAUGAAUAAGACAAUGUAAAAAACUGCCAGAUAUGUGCUGGGAUAGCACAGUGAUUGAGCAGUAUUCUGCGUUGUGUGAAAUGGGUGGUGAUAUCCAGUACUAAACAAUAGAGAAUCAUCUUUUUAGAAAGUUAGAUUUGACGAAUGUUUUGUACCUGUUUGAGUUUUAAAUGUGUCACUCAACUCAUAAAUUACUCACUGUGUCAUACACAUUCACAGUUGUGAUGUAAUUUCAGUCUGGAACUAUAACAAAUGCAUUCCUGGAUUUAUACGAAUGCCUGGAUAGUCAUUUUAUAGCUGGAAUGGACUGUAAUGCGUCCCUUGAUUCUGUGGCUGCGUUAAAUGGACAUUCCUGAAUGAUUUUAACAUUCCACAUGCCUCUUUGGCAUUUGCACUGUCUGCCUGGUUUACAUAUAAGUUGAAAACUUGAGGGAACUCAGUGUGUCUGUGCAAAUUUUUAUAUUUAUAUUUCUGUAUACGCACACAUCUUGAAAUCCAUUUCAGUAGUCAAUGUGAGUUAUUUAUGUGUUGUUAUCAUUUUUCCCACUGUUUCAUUUUCUCUUCUUUCUUUCUGGGUUAAUGUGGGAUAAAGCGAGCUCUGAGAAUAAUAUUUACUGGAUAGACCUCAAAGUGGGCCCCCUCAUGGCUCAGACGGUAAAGAAUCUGCCUGAAAUGCAGGAGACCUGGCUCAGUCCCUGGGUCAGGAAGGUCCCCUGGAGAAGGAAAUGGCAACCCCACUCCAGUACUCUUGCCUGGAGAAUCCCAUGGACAGAGGAGUCUGAUGGGCUAUUAUAGUUCAUGGGGUUGCAAAGAGUGAUAUGACUGAACGACACUUUUGCUUUAGACCACGAGAAGCACAAAAACACAUUAUGGUUCAACUGCAUGAAGGCAUGAUCUGUAUUUUACUUUCCUGUGUUUUCCUGACUGUUAAAUAAAGCAUAACUCAUAGUUCUUCAGACCCAUUUGAAAAUAGAAAAAGUAGAGCUGAUUUAUUUUUAUUUUUUUGCUAUUGGAGAUAAUGUUCAAAACAAAAGGUGGCAGUACCAUUAUAUCCAUACUGAAUAAUCUCACAAAUUUUAGAUUAAAAAUAAUUUGUUUCAAGGUCUGAUAGAAGCAAUGCAAAAAAUGAUCUUAUAUUCUUAACUUGAAAUUUAUUAAUCACCAAUGUUUUUCCAGAUUGACUACCCAAAUUUUUGAGUUGUUGAUUCCUCUGCUACUUCUUUUUCUUGCAAUAAGGAAAGAGAACUGAGCAGUUUAACUUUCAGCUUCCCUUAGAAAUUGUUAAAUGUUAAUUUUGACUUAAUCUAUUGUCUUUUAUUUGGUUUUAAUUGUGUAGAGUAGGGGGUUCCUCAUACUCCAGUGUUCUGUCUAGCAUGGCAAAAUACCAGCAGGUGUCCAAUUAUGGGGUGCCCAGAUUGGGUAAGGUUGCAGCAGAUGUGUAUUACUAUGAGGGCUAUCAUUGCCUAAGCUGGGGACUGCUGAAGGCAAAUAAGCUGUCCACUCGCAGCUUCUCUGUGUUCUCUUGGUUUUUAUAACUUAUACCUCCAGCUAGUGAUUCCAUAAUCCACUCUUGAAUGAGGAUCCUUGCAGGUAACAGAACCCUCAUGGAAAAAUUUAUUCAAAUAUUGAGCCAUCUGAUGGACUGAAGGAUCAUAUUUGAAUUACGUGCAAUUUACAUACAGCUUCUGGAUGGCACUUCUAGACGUGUAGCUAUUACCACAGUCCAGUUUUAGAACAUUUCUAUCAUUCAAAAGAUCUCUUUUACCUGUUUGUUGAAUCAUAUAUAAACAGAGUUUAGCAUAGUUGUUAGAAUACAGAUGAUGAUGAAAAAGAGCAGGUUUUGUUUGGUCUUGUACUCAAGAGUAGAGGUGUAUUUGAUUCCAAGCUCAAGAGCCUUGUGAUCAUAAGUUACAUAUGUCAAAUACCAUAAUGAUAUGAAAUUUAACAGUGUGGGUUGGGAUUAAUAUUAACACAUGUAAUAGAAUCUGCUGUUUCUGUAGCAGUGCCAUAGAAUAGAGAAAUAAUGUGAGCCAUAAUUGUAGAUGUAAUUUACAUUUUUCUAGCAGCUACAUGAAAAAAUUAAAAGAAUCAGUGGAAGUUAAUUUUAAUAGUAUAGUUCAUUUCACUCAGCAUAUCCAAAAUAUUGUAAUUUCAACAUGUAAUCAUUAUAAAAGUCUUUUAAGAUAGCUUACAUUCUUUUGUACUAAUUUUUUGGUUUCUGUUGUGUAUUUUACUAAUUUGGGCUAGCCACAUGUCAAGUUAAUUUUAAUAACCUAAUACACAGUUCUGUAUUAAUCUACAUAUUAAUUUGUCUUUCUAUAAGACAUAGUAGAGAAUUUCAUAGAAUCACUCUCUUAAGUACAAAAUCUUUUGUGGUCUCUGAAGCCUUCAGUGCUUGCUAAAAGUGAACUUCUUAACUUUAGAAAUAAAUCAGUUAGAAAUAAAUAUUAAUUGUCAAUAAAAUGAAAAUGAUAGCCCAAAACAUUUCCCUUUAAAGAUAACAAACUUUUCAUAGGGCUGUUGAUGAAAUGAAAGAAUACAAUCUGCCUUGUAGUAAUGUGGUUGACUCUUUUCUCUAGCUUAUAGCUAGUUUGUGUUAGAAACACGUGUAUGUAGGAGAUAUUUGGCAUAGUACUGUUUUCAGUACAUGAUACCUAUUUUUUUCAGGAAGUUAGUUUCAUACAAGAAGAUAAUUUAUCAUAAGUGAUACUUUGCAUGAAAUGUUAAUUUGUAUUGUUAAUCUUUGGUUAAUCAUUGAAGUUUAACAGAGUACUCAGCAAUAAUAAUUAUGAGAAUUUAGUGUUCUGCAGUUAUGUGUAAUAUAAACUGCUAGCUGCUAAAGACAGAUUGUUCAUGUUAAAAUUCUCUUCAUUUUGUUGUUCACUGAGGUUGGAUGUAUUUGAAACUGUAAAUUUCUAUAUGUAAAAAUAUAUCCCAAUAAAAAGAGGCCUUUCUUUUCUCUCCUCCUCUCUUUUUCCUUCCUAACUGAAGGACAUUUUAUCAACACUCAGGUUGAAUUAAAUUAAUAUCUCAAGCUAAAAACUCUGUAACUGAGGCUGCCUCUGGAGAAGACAGGAGACAUUGCACAAUGCAGAACUCCUAACGUCUGUUGAGCUUUUACGUGUGAGUGACCCCCUUCGAUGUAGAUAAACGCUUUACCUGUUUACUUUAAGAACACGCUGCCUCAUUUGAAUCAGUUGUUAAAAUCCAGUUUCUUUUAAUUAAGUGGAUACUGUGGACAUCACAACCCUGUGCAUAAAUUAACAGAAUCCAGGGAAGCUAGGAGACUUGACCUAGACCCUGUGUUAUAUAAUUACUCAUCCAGUCUGUCUCCUAUACCUUUCUUCUUCAACUUUCAGAAGGAGGGGAUGGUAGGAUCGGGGCUUAGAAGAGACAUUAGAUUAAUCCCAGAGCACAGGAAAUUGAAAUAAUAUAUUUAUUAUUUUGUUGUUUCCAAAGAUUUUACAUGUAUGGUUAAAUAAAAAUUCAUUCCUUGGAAUUCAAUAAAAGCUGUAUACCAUAUAUAGAUUUUAUUUUUAAGAAGUUUGUAUUUCUUUUAUGAGCCAAUAUGUAAAACUGGAACCUUUGUUAAACUAAUAAGAACAUGUAUUAAUAUAAUAUAAUUUAUUAAAUUUCUAUGAAAUAUAUCAAUAAAAUUUCUACACACUCUUA